AUGUCUGCAUCAGAGGCUGACCAUCGUAACGAGUCAUACCCCCUCGCGCUUCCAGACAUCUCUGGGGUAGUCCCUACCUCCGCAGAGGCGAGGGCUAAGCGUCGUAUUGCUGUGUUGGAAGACGAAUUGGAAAAUAUGAAGCAAGAAAGAAGAGGGAAGCAGAGAAAAACGACCUUUUACGUUUCUCAAGGCAGGGCUAUUCGCCGCAUGGGCGUCCUUUACACCAACUUGGAGGACCUGAUUGCUGAAAAUGAUCGGAGGUAUGAGGAGGGCUCGGAGGGCGCCACCCCAGAACACGAUCGCUUGCAGCGUGGUUAUAUCAUAGUCGCGCAGGUCCUGCCGUGGCUGCAUGAAAGGCUUGGGCAACUUGAAGUGGAUGACUGCCAAGACAUGCUGAAACAGCUUAAGAGAGGAGCAGAUGCUGCGUGCGGUGACGACACCUCCACUCUUAAGGACCUCGUUGCCACUUGGAUUAAUGAACACUUCCAUCCACCCUCUCUACUCAAGUCUGAUGACAAGCAUGCCCGUGGCUUCGUCCACGACAUUUGCGGGAAGUUACUGUGUCCUUCUGAGUGGAAUUGGGAUGAUAACCGUGUGAAGGCUGGUAUCCGCGACAGAACGUCGGAUUAUAUCGUGUCAGAAAAUUCUUGGCCGUUGUUCUUGUACGAGAAUUACGCAGUUAAACUUGACAACUUGGAGCAAGGCCUCUUCAAGUCCAAGAUUCUUGUUCAGGCCUUCAAGGCUGUGUUUACAUCUCCAUCCUCAGCAAGAGAGGCUGAUAGAGAUGGCGAUGGAGCUGACAUACUUGAAAAUAACAGGCGCGCCCGGCGACAACUAAACCAAGUCAAGGUCAAAACUUGCGUGGCCUCCAUAAUCAACAUGAGGAAAGUCACUCCUCGCUCCCUGGCGUAUGUUGUCUGCCAAGUUCGUUUCGCACUAUCCAACAUCUCAUCUUGGCGCACCGUUGACGCCGACUUUGACUACAAAGUAUUCUGGAGCAACGUCGUGGACUUUUUCGAGAACGUCCCUGGACCCAUCACACAACAGCGGGUGAACCAUCUCCUGGAAUGGUGGACCAGAAAGAUUUUCGGUAAAAAUCAUCGUGAGGACCUGACGCCAGAGGUUGUGUCACAGAUGUCCGUCACGGCACUAGCAGAGCAGAGAAAGGCGCUGGAGGAUGCCGCUUUCGACUCUGAUUAA